AUGAAUCUCGGUCUGUAUCUUGGAAUUCUCCUAGAUGUCAUACUCCGAUCUAGCGCCUGGAUUAAUUGGGACUUUGCUGCCAAUCGCCACCAGCAGGUGCUUCCACAAGACGAUCCGAACAGGGGCUUUGGCAUAAACGAGCCGUUCAUUCCUACACCUACACAUAUUCUCCCCGCGAAGAAGCCAUUCUAUAUCGACGAAAAAAUCAACUACUAUCGACGAUACUACAAUGGAUCCAAGAACGGCGAGUACCGACGGUCGUCCUGUCCGGCCAUCAACGCCCUAGCGAACAGAGGGUACAUUAACCGCAGCGGGCGCAACAUCACAUACGCCGAGUUGGCUGAUGCCGUACGCCGCGUGUGGAACUUUGGAGACGAUAAUAUCAUGCUCGUCCUAGCGCCCACAUUCGCCAUGCACGGCUGGCCGGAAACGAUCAACCUAGACGAUUUCAACGACGACCUGAUGCAAUACGUCGUUAACUGCCCGGCAGCACCUACACGGAAUGAUCGUGCCGUUGGCGAUAACAUCAAUAUUAACAUGACAUUGUUCGAAUCGCUUCUCUCCUUCUCAAAAGACGGACUGACUCUUUCGCUUGAAGAUCUUGCCGAACAUCACCAUUUAAGACAUAACCAGAGCAAAGCUGAGAAUCCAUCCUUUGUCUUCGGUAACCAAGGGGCGAUUUGCACCUGCGCCCAGUAUACGAAUAUGGUUGGUGUGUUGGGUAAAUUCGGGAAACAUGGUCGGACGACCUUGUCAGUGGAGGAUGUGAGGAUGUUCUAUCUUGAUGAGGACAUCCCAAAGGGUUAUGAACGACGGGAAAUAGCGCAUUAUUCGCCUGAGUCGAACGCCAUGAUUGACCGAAUGUCUCAUCACGUUGGCUACACCAUCCAACGGCCGUUUCCCCCUGGAGAUCAGGAUCCGGGGCGCGAUAUCUGUCCCAUGCGGGCGAGGUUUCAAGGAAAGAAUUGCGAAGAUUGA